AUUGAUUAAAAUCUUUCGAAAUAUUCCUAACUUGUCUUUCUCGGGCAUGAACUGAGCAACACGAUAAGAAAUAUUGUCGAUUUUGAACUUAUUCUAAACAUUUUAUUCUUUAGAAAGGACAUAUACCGAGUAUGAAAUAAUGGGGAUAGUUAAAAGCUGUGGACGACAAAUCAUCUAUGUCAUUAAUGGAUUAUUUGGGCUUGUGGCGUUGUUCUGUUUUGUGGGGGGGAUGUUCGUCAAAUAUGGGUCAGACGACCUGAAAUCCAUGCUGCCGGAUUUGAUGAAAGAACUUGUCAGAAAGAUAGAUCCUAUUUUAAAAGCAACCCAUAGUUCAUCGGAGAAAUUUCUGGAAAAUCUUGACCUUGAGAAAUUGCUAGGCGACGCUGCCGUUGUCUUCAUUGUGUUUGGUGCCAUUUUAUUUUUCAUUGUGUUCUGGGGUUGCUAUGGUGUCAGCUGUAAAUCCAAAUGUGCUCUUUAUACGUAUGGUAUUAUACUCCUGCUAAUUCUGAUUGGUCAGAUUGUAUGUGCUGUACUAAUUACAAAGAGGAGAGAUUUGAUCGAUGACAAGUUAAAACCCGAAUUAAAGAGUUCCAUAAAGGUGUAUUACAUUGGCGAUCACGCGAUGGACGCUGUUAGUGUUCUGUGGAAUGCCAUUAUGUUGAAGUUUUCUUGCUGUGGUGUGGAUAAUUACAAAGACUUUACUUCCGGAGUUUGGAAUACCACGCCCAUUGCUGAAAUCACGCAGGCGCAUACCAACCUAGACACGCCCCUAAUGUGCUGCACGGAGAAAGAAAGGUCAAAAUCUACAACAAAUUGGUGGACCUGCGCAACAACCCCCUUUGACUCUACAAAAUCAAAUUACAUGACAGGUUGCUAUGACGAAGUGUGGACGUAUUUAGAACAGUACAUCAACAUAGUAGUGGGCUGUGCGGGGGGUCUAGCAGGACUGGAGCUUUUGCUGGCUUUCUUUGCCAUCAGUAUAGCGAACGGAAUGGACAAAAAGAAUAAAGUCGAUACAGAAAGCAACGGAAAGAGGAAAAAAUAAACAGUCUUAGGCUGAAUAAUGUGGGAUAUUAUUGUUUCAUGUAAUUGUGCCCUGAUUUCAUUAACUUCAUUGACAGUUUUUGAUUUAUGUAAAAAAAAAAAAAAAAAAAAAACUUUGCUUAGAAUCCUGUCAUUUUGUCAGUAAUGUUUAAACAAUGUGAAAUAUAGGUUUAUGAUAUUUAAGAUUCUCUAGAAACAAGUAAUACACAGAGUUAUGAUGGUGACGAAUUUAACCGUUUUGAAGAAUGAUCUGUUAUAACUUUGUCGUAUGAAGAAGUUUUUAGUACUUUCUGUAGAUAUGAUAUUUUGUCAAACUCAGAAGCGGAAUUUUGCACAAAUCAAUCGAUGACUUGUAGCGACACUGAAAGUGUCGGCUAAUAGACCGUUAUAACUAUCGUUGUUAUCAGUGAUUAUCACGUGACAGGUGUAAAAAAAAAUCCCAUACGUCAACAAAUCAUAUAUGUAAUAAAAGUAUCCCGAAGGAGUUUUAUUUUUCUCGGUGAUAUCGUAAGAUAUUUAUUUUUCUAUCGGAACUUGAUAAUCCUACAAGGAAAAUAAACCGAAUAAGAUGAAGGCUUUCUUUUAAAACUUGACGAACGUUUUUCUGAAGUGUAUAAUUAUUAAUUUGAAUUGUCGGAUUGACAUUAUUGUUGAAAAAAAAUGCCGAUUGGAUUUGGAGAAAUUACCCGAGAAAGCAUUUCUUAUCAAUUUUCAUUAGUCAGAGUCUGUAUACGAAGUUCAUUUCACUGAACGGAUGUACAAACUAUACAAUGUACUAUACACGAAGAUGUAUAUAUACUGUAAGUGUAAUAUGAUGUCAAUGAAUGAUUUCUGGUCAGUUAUACAGUAAGAGUUAUCUACCUUGUUUCUUGUUGAAUUAAAAAAAAAAAUGGUUUAACUAAAGUUUGUUGACUUAUGUAUUUAAUUCACUAAUUAUUAUGAGCGUAUUUUGUUAAUUACAUUGACUUAACAAUAUGAAUGUGAGACUUUAAUAAAAUCAACAGAUGAUCCAUCUGUAGGACAUGUA